AUGCUUUCUUAUUUAAGUCUUUUCUCCACUUUAUUUAAUGUCUUUACAUUCAACUUUCCCACUUAUUUUCUCAUUCAACUUUUAUUUCUACCUUUUCCUUCUGACCCUCUUAUUUCUUCCUUCCUUCCUUUCCCUCCUCUCUCUCUCCUUCCUUCCUUUCCCUCCUCUCUCUCUCCUUCCUUCCUUUCCCUCCUCUCUCUCUCCUUCCUUCCUUUCCCUCCUCUCUCUCUCCUUCCUUCCUUUCCCUCUCCUCUCUCUCCUUCCUUUUUCCUCCUCUCUCUCUCUUCCUUCCUUUCCCUCCUCUCUCUCUCCCUUCCUUCCUUUCUCUCCUCUCUCUCUCCUUCCUUCCUUUUCCCUCCUCUCUCUCUCCUUUCCCUUCCCUCUCUCUCUCCCUCUCUCUCUCUCCUCCCUCUCUUCCCUCCUCUCUCUCUCUCCUUUCCCUCUCCUCUCUCUCUCUCCUUUCCCUCUCCUCUCUCUCUCUCCUUUCCCUCUCCUCUCUCUCCUUUCCCUCUCCUCUCUCUCCUUUCCCUCUCCUCGCUCUCCUUUCCCUCUCCUCUCUCUCUCUCCUUUCCCUCUCCUCUCUCUCUCCUUUCCCUCUCUCCCCUCUCUCUCUCCCCUUUCCCUCUCCUCCCGUACCCCCCCCCCACACCUUAUUUUUUCCUUUUUAUUUCUCAAACACAUUUUAUGGUUAAUGUUGUCACUACAUAA